AUGAUCGGGUAUGGGGCGUACGGAACUGUUUGUUCUGCCCACGAUAACAAAUUAAACCGUCGUGUAGCCAUCAAAAAGUUGAGUAGACCCUUUGAAAAUAUUGAAUAUACGAAACGAACAUAUAGGGAAAUCAAUAUUUUAUCUCAAAUGGAUCAUGAAAAUAUCGUUUGUUUGAUUGAUGCUUUUUCACCACAGACAUCAUUAAAAGAAUUUACAGAUAUUUAUCUAGUAACACCAUUGAUGGGUGCUGAUCUUGGAGCUAUUAUUGAAACUCAAUCGUUAUCAGAUGAACAAAUACGUUUUCUUGUGUAUCAAAUUUUAAGGGGUUUAAAAUACAUGCACAGUAUUGGCUUAAUUCACCGAGAUUUGAAACCAGCUAAUAUAGCAGUAAAUGAAGAUUGUGAAUUGAAAAUUCUCGACUUUGGCUUAGCACGCCAAAAACAGGAAGAAAUGACUGGUUAUGUUGCAACUCGUUGGUAUCGAGCACCUGAAGUUAUGUUGAAUUGGAUGCAUUAUAAUGAAUCCGUUGACGUUUGGUCCGUUGCAUGUAUUAUGGCUGAAUUGCGAAAUCGUGCACCUUUAUUUAAAGGUGGUAAUCAUAUUCAUCAAAUCCAGUUGAUUCUCAAUUUAUUAGGAAAACCUGAUGAAGAAUUUAUGAAAAAAAUUAACAGUCCUGAAGCAUGUGGAUUUAUCCGUGAUAUUAGUAAAUGUGAACCACAAAAUCUGUACACAUAUUUUUCUUCUUUUUCAAGUGACGCUGUUGAUUUAUUACAAAAGAUGCUUCACCUUGAUCCAGAUCGACGUUUAACAGCUGCUCAAGCACUAGCUCAUCGUUAUUUCGCAACGUAUCAUGAUGAAUCAGAUGAACCAAUUGCAGAGAGAUUCGAUGAUCCAUUUCAAGACGAUAGUAAUGUAUCUUUAGAUCAGUUAAAAGAAGCUGUAUGGAAUACACUAGAGAAUUUCGUACCGAAUCUAAAUUCUCUACAUUUAUGCGCUUCUGAAGAGACAAAUGCAGCUUGA